AUGCGUCAAGUCUCGUCUGACGGCCGCACACUUCCCGUCCCAAACACGUACAACGAAAAGAGAGGCGACAGAGGUCGAAACGGACACGGAAACGGCAAAAUGUCUCGAUAUAUCAAACCUGCAGGAGAGAGUGGCCGCAGUGGAUUCCACCCUAUUCACUUUUCCAAGAUCUCGUUCAGAUCUACGAGUCGAGCCAGUCUGCUAUGCAACUUUCUAUGGCCCUUCGUUCCUGCUGCCAUUGCCGUUCGCUAUGCUAUGCCCGAUAACCAUGUCACCAUCUUUGCGUUGGCCUAUAUUGCCAUGAUCCCAUGUGCCAACCUCAUUGGUUUCGCCGGUCAAGAGCUUUCGCGGAAGCUGCCUCAUGUUUGGGGCGUUCUCAUCGAGAUCACGAUUGGCUCUAUUGUCGAAAUCAUCCUCUUUAUGGUACUCCUCUCCAAAAACAUGUUUUACGUUAUCAAGGCUGCUAUUCUCGGUUCGAUUCUUGCUACCAUGCUCCUAUGCUUGGGCUGUUGCUUCUUUGUCGGUGGCAUGCUGGAAGACGAACAGGUUUUCAGUGAGGCUAUCAGUGAGGCUGGAAGCGGCUUGCUGUUGACUGCUGGCGUUGUUCUAGCUCUUCCUACUGUUUUCGAGUAUGGUGUAGGAAACGGCGAUACACUCAACAACCAGAGCCUCGACCACAAGACCCUUCAGAUUUCGCGAAUCGUCUCGAUUCUUCUCGUAAUCGCCUACUUGGUCUACGUCUUUUUCCAAGCCCGAACUCACCAUGGUAUUUACGACGCUGUAUUUGAACAAGAUGAGCACAACGAUCGUGACAAGCACAAGGAUAUGGCCAAGGCCAAGUUAACCUUGACCGAAUGCAUAAUUGCUUUGGUAAUCUCUGUCGGUCUUGUUGCUUGGACUGCAGUUAUCCUUGUCAUGCAAAUUGAGUAUGUCAUUGAACGAGGACAUGUCAGCGACGCGUUCAUGGGCCUCAUCCUUGUUCCUUUGGUCGAAAAGCUUGCUGAGCAUCUGACUGCUAUCGAUGAGGCUUGGGACAAUCAAAUUAACUUGGCCAUGUCCCACGUCCUCGGUGCUACGCUUCAAACCGCCCUCUUCAACGCCCCGCUUACUGUCAUCGUUAGUUGGGGCCUCCACAAGAGUCUUGAUCUCAACUUUGCCCCCUUCGACCUUGUUAUGCUUAUUCUCGCCAUCCUUACUGUUGGACGAUUUCUCCAAGACCAAAAGAGCAACUACCUUGAAGGGUUUCUACUCAUCAUUCUUUAUGUUGCUAUCGCUGUUGCCGCAUGGUACUACCCUGACCCUGCUAACCAUGGAGCCGGCGGGGAAAGUAGUGAAGGCAGCUCUGGGGGCGGACAUUGA